CCUGACGAGGAGAUGAAGGCUCUCGGCGUGUGUGUCCUUGUCUGCUUGGCAAUUGGAGCCCACUGUGCUCCGCUCCUGCCUCCUCUCAGCUCAACCCAGGACCAGAAAGUGGUUGAGACUUACCUCAUGAAGUUCUACGACUUGAAGAACGAGACAGACUCUGACCUUCAUCGAGGUGUCCAUCAAAUGACUUUGAAGCUGAAGGAGAUGCAGCAAUUCUUUGGUCUGGAGGUGACGGGUGUCAUGGACUCCAACACCCUGGAGGUGAUGAAGAAGCCACGCUGUGGAGUCCCAGACUUGGCUGAAUACACAACCUUCCCUGGAAACCUGAAGUGGCAAAGUAACAACGUGACCUACAGAAUUGUGAACUACACACCCGACCUACCACAAUCUGAGGUGGACCGUGCCAUUGAGAAUGCUCUCCAGGUGUGGGCAAGAGUGACUCCACUGCGUUUCACACGUCUCUACACUGGAGUGGCUGACAUCAUGAUCUCCUUUGGACGUAGAGACCAUGGUGAUGGCUAUCCUUUUGAUGGUCCUGAUGGCAUGUUGGCACAUGCUUUUCCACCCUCUGUGGGCUUGGGGGGAGAUGCCCAUUUCGAUGAGGAUGAGACCUUCACCUCACAAUCAUCGUCUGGGUACAACCUGUUCCUGGUUGCCGCCCAUGAGUUUGGUCACGCCAUGGGGCUCUCGCAUUCUACGGACCCCGGCGCUCUCAUGUACCCUGUUUACAGCUACACCGACCCUGAGAGGUUCUCCCUGCCUCUGGAUGACAUCAGGGGAAUCCAGUCUCUCUAUGGCCCAAACCCUGAUGUGACCCCAGAGGAACCAGACCCUGAAAAGCCCACCCCACCAACCACCCCAAAUGCUUGUGAUCCCAACUUGGUCAUUGAUGGGAUCACAACUUUGCGGGGGGAGAUGAUGGUCUUCAAGAACAGGUUCUUCUGGCGUGUCUACCCUCAGAGCAACCAGCCAGAGCUCACCCUCAUCAAGAGCUUCUGGCCUGAUAUUCCCGAUAACAUUGACGCUGCCUACGAGAGCAUCAAGGCAGAUCGUGUGUUCAUCUUCAAAGGUGAGAAGGUCUGGGCUCUGUCUGGCUAUGACGUAGUCAGUGGCUACCCCAAAACUCUCAGCAGCAUGGGUCUGCCAGCAACAGUGAAGAAAAUCACCGCUGCCCUUUACGACGAAGUCUCUGGGAAGACUUUGUUCUUCGACAACAAGUACUACUACAGCUAUGAUGAGACCAAGAGGCAGAUGGACAAGGGCUACCCCAAGCUGGUGGAGAAGAGCUUUGUGGGUAUGCAAGGGGGUGUCACAGCUGCUUUGCAGUACAGAGGAUAUACAUACCUCUUCAGUGGGUCCUCCAUGUAUGAGUUCAGUUCCUCGAGCAAGAAGCUCAUUCGGUUUUUGAAGAGCAGCUAUUUCCUGGGUUGUUAAACCUCAUAUUUCUGUGGAAAAUAGAAAAGAAAACCAGCAACUGUCAACUCUCUUCAUUUUAAAUUAAUAUUUAUUGUUAACAUGAUUGUAAUGUAAUAGUGCACUGCACAUCUGGGGUGAUAACAAGGCCCCAACAUGAAAACUUCAUUGUAUUAAUGUUUUGUCCUCACUUUUUUGCUAUUAUUAAAUAUUUAAUUCUUCUUUACUGUUUUUGCCAUUUUAUUAUGA